AUAAAAGUUGCAUCAAAUACAUUGAAUGAAGCUUGGAAAUUUGCACAAUUAAAUGGACCAGGCUGUCCAAUCAUUGAAAAACCUCAAAUACAUAGAAACAGAUAUCCAGAAAAAUCAAAAAAACAAUUUGAAAUGUUUUUUUCUGAUAAGUCAAUU